CUCGCCCCGCGCGGCAGGCGGGUCCCGCCGACCGGAGAGAGCUUGGGCGGCCUUUCUAGAUAGCGGUAUCCGUGGCGGUAGCGGCCAGGCCGUGAGGGUCUCCCUGCUUUGGUCGGGCUGCGGGCAGCUCGGGCAGGCCGCGGGUGCUGGAGGAUGGAGCCAGGCCCCAGAUGGCACCCAGGACUUCCUGUGCCUUGGCUCCAGCUGUCUCCUGAGGCUCCCCCGACCGACCCUGGCCAGGUUCCCUUCCCCACAGCCACCACCCCCUCCUCUACUGGGAACAGAACCAUGCCACCUCUGGCGACCUCAGCACGCUGCAUCACUGUCCCGGUCCACGUGCCACCUUGUGGGCCCAGGAGAGCCCUGGGGUCCCUGGGUAGCAGAGCGCCUGGCCGUAUCUCUGAGGCCCUAGUGCCGCAGAGUUGAGCUGAGGGUCUCGCACUCGCACUCGCACUCGCCCUCUGACUGACCCAGCCCUAGCAGGUGGAAGAAGAAAGGUGCCACUUUGGCAUGAAGACAGACUCGCUUAGUCGUCAGUCAUUUAAGCUGAGUGCAUUGUGAUUUCCAAUAAUUGAGGCAGUGGUUCUAAAAGCUGUCUACAUUAAUGAAAAGAGCAAUGUGGCCAGCUUGACUAAGCCGCCAGCGUGUGCAGCGCGGGCAGGACGGUACCCGGGUCUCAACGGACUUGUGCAUGUUAGCUGUAUAGAUUUAUGUAAGGUUUUUUAAAACUCUGGUCUUUUAAAAUAGUCUUAACCACUUUUACUAUGGAGACAUAUGAGAGUCCCUCUCCUCUCCCGCGUGAGCCCGCAGGAGAAGCAGUGAUGGAGAACCGAGCUUGCCCCCUCCAAGCGCUGCCCCGUGAACAGUCUCCACCACCUCCCCUGCAAACGUCCAGUGAUGCAGAGGUAAUGGACGUUGGCUCUGGUGGUGAUGGACAGGCCGAAUCCCCUGCUGAGGACCCGCUCAACUUCUACGGAGCUUCUCUUCUCUCCAAAGGAUCCUACUCUAAGGCCCGCCUCCUCAUAGACCCGAACUGUAGUGGCCACAGCCCGCGCACCGCCCGGCACGCACCUGCGGUCCGGAAGUUCUCCCCUGACCUUAAGUUGCUUAAGGAUGUAAAGAUUAGCGUGAGCUUUACCGAGAGCUGCAGGAGUAAGGACAGGAAGGUGCUGUACACAGGAGUGGAGCGCGACGCUCGCGCAGAUUGCGGUCUGGCCCUUAGCCCUGUCAGUGGAGACGUGCAUGCUUGUCCUUUUGGCGGGAGUGUUGGGAACGGGGUAGGCGUAGGGGGUGAGAGUGCUGAUAAGAAGGAUGAGGAGAAUGAGCUGGAUCAGGAAAAGAGAGUGGAGUACGCAGUGCUCGAUGAGUUAGAAGAUUUUACUGACAAUUUGGAGCUAGAUGAAGAAGGAGCAGGCGGGUUCACGGCUAAAGCAAUCGUGCAGAGAGACAGAGUGGAUGAAGAGGCCUUGAACUUCUCCUAUGAGGAUGAUUUUGACAACGAUGUCGAUGCUUUGCUGGAAGAGGGCCUUUGUGCUCCCAAAAAGAGGCGAAUGGAAGAGAAAUAUGGAGGAGACAGUGACCAUCCGUCUGAUGGAGAGACAAGUGUGCAGCCAAUGAUGACCAAGAUUAAAACAGUGCUAAAAAGUCGUGGCCGUCCUCCUACGGAACCGUUGCCUGAUGGAUGGAUCAUGACAUUCCAUAACUCUGGAGUCCCCGUGUACCUACACAGAGAGUCUCGGGUGGUCACCUGGUCCAGGCCGUACUUCCUGGGAACGGGAAGCAUACGGAAACAUGAUCCUCCUCUGAGUAGCAUUCCCUGUCUGCAUUAUAAGAAAAUGAAGGAUAAUGAGGAAAGAGAGCAAAGCAGUGAGCUUGCCCCCAGUGGGGAAGUGUCCCCUGUCAAGCCGCUGAGCCGAUCUGCAGAGCUGGAGUUCCCCCUGGAAGAGCCUGACUCCAUGGGAGCUGACUCAGGGCCCCCUGAUGAGAAGGACCCGCUGGGGGCUGAGGCUGCCCCUGGGGCCCUGGGGCAGGUGAAGGCAAAGGUCGAGGUGUGCAAGGAUGAAUCAGUUGAUCUUGAGGAAUUUCGGAGCUACUUGGAAAAGCGUUUUGACUUUGAGCAAGUCACUGUGAAGAAAUUCAGGACUUGGGCUGAGCGGCGGCAGUUUAACCGAGAAAUGAAACGGAAACAGGCAGAGUCUGAGAGGCCCAUCUUGCCAGCCAAUCAAAAACUCAUCACUCUGUCUGUGCAGGAUGCACCCACAAAGAAAGAGUUUGUCAUUAACCCCAACGGGAAGUCCGAGGUCUGCAUCCUGCACGAGUACAUGCAGCGAGUUCUCAAGGUCCGCCCUGUUUAUAAUUUCUUUGAAUGUGAGAACCCAAGUGAGCCUUUUGGUGCCUCGGUGACCAUUGAUGGUGUGACCUAUGGAUCCGGAACUGCAAGCAGCAAAAAACUUGCGAAGAAUAAAGCUGCCCGAGCUACGCUGGAGAUCCUUAUCCCUGACUUUGUCAAACAAACCUCUGAGGAAAAGCCCAAAGACAGUGAAGAGCUUGAGUAUUUUAACCACAUCAGUAUCGAGGACUCACGGGUCUACGAGCUGACCAGCAAGGCCGGACUGUUGUCUCCCUAUCAGAUCCUUCACGAGUGCCUUAAAAGAAACCAUGGAAUGGGUGAUACAUCCAUCAAGUUUGAAGUGGUUCCUGGUAAAAACCAGAAGAGUGAAUAUGUCAUGGCGUGCGGCAAACACACAGUGCGCGGCUGGUGUAAGAAUAAGAGAGUUGGAAAACAGUUAGCCUCUCAGAAAAUCCUUCAGCUGCUGCAUCCACAUGUCAAGAAUUGGGGGUCUUUAUUGCGCAUGUAUGGUCGCGAAAGCAGCAAGAUGGUCAAGCAGGAGACCUCGGACAAAAGUGUGAUUGAGCUGCAGCAAUAUGCCAAGAAGAACAAGCCAAACCUGCACAUCCUGAGCAAACUACAGGAGGAGAUGAAGAGGCUGGCUGAGGAGAGGGAGGAGACACGAAAGAAACCCAAGAUGUCUAUUGUGGCGUCUGCCCAGCCUGGUGGCGAGCCCCUGUGCACUGUGGACGUAUGAGGGAGGCAGCAGGGUCAGGCGCGGGGACUGCCAGCUCUGCUGCCAGGGAGACCUCACGCCACUCACUCUGCAGCCUCGGGCCUCCGAUCUGA